UCAGACGCUUCACUCACCAACAUUCACAAUCCAAAAAAUUCACAAUGGAGCGAAACAACAACUACAAUCGCGGCGGAAAUGACGGUGGUUACCGCGGUGGUGGCCGCGGUAAUGGCGGCAGAGGAGGCGGUGGCCGCGGUGGUGGUGGUGGUGGUUAUCAUCGCGGUGGACGGAACGGAAAUUAUUCGCAACAAUACAGUAAUCAACAGCAGGAACAGUAUCAGGAAAAUUAUGGAGGCGGUAGAGGUAGAGGCAGGGGUCGAGAAUCCGGUGGGAUCGGAAGUGGUCGCGGCCGUGGUCAGCAAAGUCAACCGACUCCGGCUAACCCUAGGCAGAAUGCCGAUCGAGUGCCGGAAGUCAGCGCGUGGAGUCGUGUUGCGUCUGGUCAACCGGCUGUGGCCCAAACUCAAACCCUAACUCAGAACCGGAAUGAUCGUCAGGUUCAAGAAGUCAGUUCAAAAUUAUCAACUGUUAGUGUUACAGACCACUCAAAAGAUGAUGUAACAAAUGCUCUUCUACCAAUUAAGCGUCCGGACCGCGGUACACUCGCAAUGAGGUCGGUGAAGCUUCUUGUAAACCAUUUUCCUGUCAAGUUUGAUCCAUCAAACACUAUACUACGCUACGACAUAGACAUCAAACAUGCGGUUGAACAAGAAGCAUCGUCUUCUACUCGAGCUUUGAAAAAAUCGAUUCCGAAAUCAUCCUUACGACAGAUCCAAGAGAAACUAUGUUCUGAAUAUCCCGAUCGGAUUCCGCUACUCCAGACUGGUUAUGACGGUGAAAAGAAUAUUUUCAGUGCAGUCGUAUUGCAAGCGGGAGCUUACAGUGUUCAAGUAGGCGGUCGGUCUUACGUGUGCACCAUCAAGUUCGGGAACGAGCUAAACCUUUCAAAGCUACAGGAUUUCUUGAACGGGAAUGCUAUACACGUACCUCGUGAAGUCCUGCAGGCUCUGGAUGUCGUAAUGAAGGCAAAUCUUUUCCGGGAAAAGGUUUCGGUUGGACGGGGUAUGUACCCGCGAGUUCACCGAAGGGAAGACGAUCUUCGUUGUGGUGUUGCUGCGUAUAGAGGGUCUCAACAGAGCCUAAAGGUCACUUCCAACGGGUUGAUAAUGUGUACGGAUUAUUCUGUUAUGCCGUUUCGUAAACGGAUGCCUGUUCUUGAUUUCCUUAAAGAACAUCUCAGGGAGAUACAACAAGUCAAUGACAUUACAAGGAACAGGAACAAGGUUAUGGCGGCGUUGAAAAGAUUGAAGGUGACGGUGACUCAUCGCCGUACAAAGCAAAGGUACACGGUGUUUGGUUUGUCUGAGAAACUUACGAAGGACAUUUCCUUUGAGCAAGAAGAUCUUGAAGGGAAGAAAGCGCCACAAGUUGUCAUGCUGACAGAUUACUUUAGAGAAAAGUGGGGUAAGGAAAUAAUGCAUAAGGGUAUCCCGUGUUUGGAUUUGGGGACCGAAAAAAAGCCGAACCUUGUUCCAAUGGAGUUUUGUGUGUUGGAUGAAGAUAGACGGUUUCCGAAAGAGCAGUUGGGGAAGGAAGCUGCUAGGAGGCUAAAAGAUCUGUCUCUUCUUGCACCGGAUGUUAGGAGGAAGGAGAUAUGUGGUAUUGUUCAUGAAGAGUUUGGAACCGGCACGCAUGGUGCGGAGGUGAUUAAAAACUUUGAAGUUGGUGUCGGUAUGAAUAUGACUGAGGUUAAUGGACGUGUGUUGGAACCACCUAAACUGAAGCUCGGUGGCUCCAAUGGUAAAACCAACAUCGUAAUGGUCGACAAACAGAAGUGCCACUAUAACCUUCUUCAAGGCAGAACUUUAGUCACCGGAAAAUCACUUGAGCGGUGGGCAUUGAUAGAUUUCAGUCAACGGCAUCGGGAUUGGCUAGAUGCCGAUUCCUUCAUUCCAAAAUUGAUGAAGCGGUGCACAAGUUUAGGCGUACGAAUGGCAGAACCUCUUUAUGUGUAUAACACCAACAUGAGGGAGUUAUCUGAUGUUAAUACGGUUCGUAGUCUUCUUAAAUGGCUUGUGGAGGAGUGUAGAAAGUAUGAUAACGGAAGGUUGCAAAUGAUCUUUUGUGUGAUGCCCGAGAGACACGAUGGGUACAAGUCUCUCAAAUUGGUGUCCGAGACCGAAAUCGGUGUAAUGACUCAGUGCUGUUUAUCUCAAAACGCUAACAAGGCAAAUGAUCAGUUUCUUGCGAACCUAGGUUUGAAGAUUAACGCGAAGUUAGAAGGUUGCAAUGUGCAGCUUGUUGAUCCGUUUCCUCAUUUCAAUAAAGACGAUCGUUAUAUGUUUAUUGGAGCAGAUGUCAAUCACCCGGCUGCAAUGAACGCCGAGUCCCCAUCUAUUGCAGCAGUUGUUGGCUCGGUGGACCGUGGUGCGACUCGUUAUGUCGCUCGUGUGUGGCCACAAGGGCAUCGUAAAGAGGAGAUUGUUAAUUUCGGGAGCGUGUGUCUGGACCUGAUCAACACCUACGCUAAAAUCAACAAAGUGAAACCGAACAAGAUCGUGGUGUACCGUGAUGGUGUUAGUGACGACCAAUUUGAGAUGGUUCUGAAUAAAGAAAUGGUUGAUAUGAAGAAAGCCAUUUACACCGAACACUACCGUCCGUUUGUCACAUUCGUUGUGGCUCAGAAACGUCACACGACUCGCUUGUUUCUGAACAACGAGAACGAGAUCGGGAACGUGCCUCCGGGAACAGUCGUGGACACGAACAUCGUCCAUACUUCCAACUUCGAUUUCUACCUUUGUAGCCAUUUCGGAGGCAUUGGAACGAGUAAGCCAACACACUACACGGUAAUUUGGGAUGAGAUCGGGUUUUCAUCCAAUGAGAUUCAGAGGUUGACCUACGACCUAUGCUUUGUUUUCGCACGUUGCACUAAACCCGUAUCGUUGGUGACACCUGUGUACUAUGCGGAUCUUUUGGCGUACAGAGGUCGGAUGUUUCAAGAGGAGGUGAAGCAAAUGGAAGACUCAGGUUCUGCUCCACCUUCAAGUUCGUUUGAUCGGGCCUUCUACAAUCUUGAUCAAAACCUCAAGGAUUCUAUGUUCUUCAUCUAAAUCCGCAGCCUUGAGAUGGGUCGAAGUGCCUAUACGCAUAUUAAACAUCCUUUCUAAAAUGGAUUAGCAAAGGGGUUUGUGCGUGAAUCUAAUGCAUUUCGUUCUUUUUCAGUGUGUUUUCUUUGUUUGUGUGUCGAAUAAAACCUUGGAUAAAAUCUACAGGUGUCAUCGCCUGUAGUCAAGGUCGGUUUGGUUUGGUUUGUGUUUAACCUUUUGAUUUCCUUGGAGGUUGAAAGGUAGUUUAUGUUUUCAGAUGUGUGAAACGGUUGAUGUUAGCUACUAUUUUGUAUUGCAUUGUCACUAUUGUGUGUUAAUUAUGUUUAAAAAUUACUGUUUUGUGUGUGUA